CUCUCCGAAUCGUGAAGAGCCUUGCUAGAUCUCUUUGCGUCUUCCCGGACGCGAACCCGCUCUCCUGAGUAAGAGUUCUCCGGCCGCAGAAUCCGCGAAAUGGCUGAUAAUUUGGAUGAGUUUAUUGAAGAACAAAAAGCCAAAUUGGCGAAAGAUAAAGCGGAAUUGGAAAAUGAUCCACCUUACAUGGAAAUAAAGGGAAAGGCAUCAGAGAAGCUUUCUGAAAACAGUAAAAUAUUAAUCUCCAUGGCUAAGGAAAACAUACCACCAAACAAUCAACAGACCAGGGGUUCGUUAGGAAUUGAUUAUGGAUUAAGUUUACCACUUGGGGAAGACUAUGAGCAGAAGAAACAUAAACUAAAAGAAGAAUUGCGGCAAGAUUACAGACACUAUCUUACUCAGAAAAAUUUUCUAUCCACGGGUGAAACAGAUCCAUCUACUCUGGGAGUUUCUCUUCCUAUUGGUGAGAGGUUAUCUGCCAAGGAAAGGUUGAAACUUGAACGCAACAAAGAAUACAAUCAGUUUCUCAGGGGUAAAGAAGAAUCCAGUGAAAAGUUCAGACAGGUAGAAAAGAUUACUGAGCCCAAGAGUCAAAGAAAUAAAAAACCUGUUAAAGUUCAGCCUGAUUUACCUUCACAAAUACAGACAUCUUGCAAAUAUCCAGAGGGUCCUAGGAGAGAUGUCUUAACUCCUUCAGAGGCGUAUGAGGAGCUUCUAAACCAAAGACGACUAGAGGAGGACAGAUAUCGACAAUUAGAUGAUGAAAUUGAAUUAAGGAAUAGAAGAAUUAUUAAAAAAACCAAUGAAGAAGUGGGCAUUUCCAAUACAAAACGUCAAAGGUUUGCCGGAAAGGCUGGCAUUCCAGAUAGAAGAUUUCGCAGGAUUUAUGAGGAUCGUGUUCUUGAUAGACAGUAUUAUAGACCAGACCAAGAUCCUGAAGUAAGUGAAGAAAUGGAUGAGAGGUUUAGAUAUGAAAGUGAUUUUGAUAGAAGACCUUUGAGAGUGUAUACAAAUGACAGGAUGCAUGGGAACAGACGAGGGAAUGUGCCUCCUGUGGAGUAUGAUGGUGAGGUCACAGAACAGUCAAACAUACGAAUUUCAUCUGCUGGAAACAAGAGUGCUCGAGACAAUAAACUGUCCAAAUCUGCUAAUCAAGAUAUCUGUAGUCCUUUUGCAGGGAUGCUUUUUGGGGGGGAAGAUCGAGAAUUUAUUCAGAGAAGGAAAGAAAAAUAUAGACUAGAACUAUUGGAACAAAUGGCUGAGCAACAGAAGAAUAAGAGACGAGAAAAAGAUUUAGAACUCAGAGUCGCAGCUUCUGGAGCACAAGACCCUGAGAAAUCGCCUGAUAGGCUAAAGCAGUUCAGUGUGGCACCAAGACACUUUGAAGAGAUGAUACCACCUGAAAGACCCAGAGUAGCUUUCCAGACACCUCUCCCUCCUUUGUCUACCCCAUCUGCCCCAACCAUCCCAUCAGUUCACUCCAUUCCUUCUCAAAAUGAAGAUUUGCACAAUGGACUUAACAGCACCCUUGGUGAAAUGGUGCCUCCCAGGAUUGCACCUCUGCCUCCACCUCCCCUACUACCACCUUUGGCUACCAACUAUCGAACUCCUUAUGAUGAUGCUUACUAUUUUUAUGGUUCCAGGAAUACUUUGGAUCCCAGUCUUGCCUAUUAUGGUUCAGGAAUGAUGGGAACACAGCCUACAACUUAUGUUAGUGCUCCUGUCACCCACCAGCUAGCACAACCUAUUGUGAAUACGGUUGGACAGAAUGAACUGAAAAUUACAAGUGAUCGAGUGAUAAAUUCAGGAUUGUUUUUUGAAGAUAAACCAAAACCUUCAAAACAGUCUCUUCAGUCUUACCAAGAGGCUUUGCAGCAACAGAUUCGGGAAAGAGAAGAAAGAAGGAAGAGAGAACGUGAAGAAAAAGAAGAAUAUGAAGCUAAAUUAGAAGCUGAAAUGAGAAGUUAUAACCCCUGGGGGAAAGGUGGAGGUGGUGCUCCUCUCAGGGAUGCCAAAGGAAAUCUGAUAACUGAUUUGAAUAGGAUGCACAGACAAAAUAUAGAUGCCUACCAUAACCCAGAUGCAAGAACUCAUGAAGAUAAAAGGGCUGUUGUAUCUCUAGACCAAAAUUUAGCAACUUCAAAUGCUGAGAACCUAGAAGAUUCUGCAAAUAAAAACUCAGGUCGUAUUCAAACACAGAGCUCUCCUUUUGCUCGGGGAAAUAUAUUUGGUGAGCCUCCAACUGAACUUCAAAUUAAACAGCAAGAAUUAUACAAGAAUUUUCUUCGUUUCCAGAUUGAGGAGAAGAAACAAAGAGAAGAAGCAGAGCGAGAAAGACUGAGAAUUGCAGAAGAAAAAGAAGAAAGACGGCUUGCAGAACAGAGGGCACGAAUUCAGCAAGAAUAUGAAGAAGAACAGGAAAAAAAAAGGGAGAAAGAAGAGGAGCAAAGGCUAAAAAAUGAAGAGCUUAUUCGGUUAGCUGAAGAAAGACGAAAAGAAGCAGAAAGAAAGAAGAAAGAAGAAGAAGAAAAACAUAACCUGCAACUUCAGCACUACUAUGAAAGAGAAAAUAUCAUUGGGGAAGAAACAAAGCACUUGAGACAGCCUUCUCCUGUAGUUCCUGCUCUUCAAAACAAAAUUGCGAGCAGACUCCAAAGACCUCCUUCGGUUGACAGCAUCAUAAAUUCCUUUAUUCGUGAAAGUUCCAUGUCAAGGGCACAAUCUCCUCCAGUACCUGCCAGGAAAAAUCAGCUCCGUGCAGAAGAGGAGAAAAAAAAUGUGAUUAUGGAAUUAUCAGAAAUGAGAAAACAGCUUCGUAGUGAGGAGAGGCGUCUACAAGGGCGGUUGCUACACGUGGACAGUGAUGAUGAAAUUCAUAUAAGGAAAAGAGAAAAGAAUCCCAUGGAUAUAUUUGACAUGGCUAGACAUCGAUUGCAAGCUCCUGUCAGAAGACAGUCACCUAAGGGUUUAGACACUGCCACUUUUCAGAAUAUCCAUGAUUUUAAUGAGCUGAAAGAUAGAGAUUCAGAAACACGUGUUGAUCUGAAAUAUAUGUACCCAGAUCCUCCAAGAGAUCAUCACACUUUAGAGAUUCAGCAGCAAGCCCUGUUAAGAGAGCAGCAGAAGAGACUGAACAGAAUAAAACUACAGCAAGGUGCUGAAGUUGAUGCCAUCCCAAGUGCUAAAGUACAAGAGCAAAGAAUGCCCAGAGAUGAUACUAAUGAUGUCUUGAAAAAUUCAUUAUUGGAAUCUGAUAGUGCAUUUAUUGGUGCUUAUGGUGAGACAUAUCCAGACAUCGAAGAUGACGUCCUCCCUCCACCAUCACAGCUGCCCUCUGCAAGGGAGCGCAGGAGGAACAAAUCGAAAGGACUGGACUUUGAUAACAACCAUCCUAACGUACCAUUGGAUGGUCUCUCUUUAAAAUCUGUGUCCAGUGUCAAUGUUGAUCAGCUUAGAAUGAGAAAUGAGGAAAGAAUGCGAAGACUGAAUGAACUUCAGAAUAAACCUAUUAAUACAGAUGACGAGAGUUCACUGGUUGAUCCUGAUGACAUCAUGAAACAUGUGGGUGAUGAUGGAUCAAACUCUGUAGCAACUGAGCCCUGGCUCCGCCCUGGCACCUCAGAAACACUGAAGCACUUCAUGGCAGAGCAGCUGCACCAGGAGCAGCAGCAGGUCCCCGGAAAACCAGGCACUUUCCCUUGGCAGGGCCUGUCUACAGCACAUGGUUAAAAUAAAUCUG